AAAAAAGAAAAAAAAACAACAACAACGUCAACCACGGUAAGCGGAAGUUGUAUGUCCACGUUCACCGUGAUGAUUGACAGCAGUCUGUGGUCACAACAUUCAGCGCUUAAACAACAUCGCGAGCAGUGAGUCUGUUCAGGAUUAUUCACACAAAGUGCUGCAGAUGACGAGAAACAGUAGGCUACUAUUAAAACAGAAAACAGUCAGUGCGGCCAUAGCUCAAAGCUAACCAGUGUUGCAGGAUUUGGGCAGAAGAAGACUGAUCAUGAGCACAGAGACUCAUGUGAAGGACAUUAAACCUGGACUCAAGAAUCUCAACGUCAUCUUCAUCGUGCUGGAAACAGGACGAGUGACGAAGACCAAAGACGGUCAUGAGGUGCGCACAUGUAAAGUGGCUGACAAGACGGGCAGCAUCAGUAUUUCGGUUUGGGAUGAAGUCGGUGGCCUCAUCCAGGCUGGUGACAUCAUCAGACUGACCAAAGGUUAUGCCUCAGUUUUUAAAGGCUGUUUAACGCUGUACACUGGAAGAGGAGGUGAACUACAGAAGAUCGGAGAAUUCUGCAUGGUGUAUUCAGAGGUGCCAAACUUUAGUGAGCCAAAUCCAGAAUAUUUGGCCCAGAUGAAUAAAACGGGACUUAAUGACCAGAGCAACACGAACAGCAGCGCUGGUGCACCUGCAGGUAAUGACACCCCCAAUGGAAAUGGGGUGAAUUCUCAAGGCUCUGGCAACUCACAGCCGGGUGGACGAGCAAGUAGUGGAAAUGGAAACCGGUCGACACCAAGUCCAGGUGUGGGAGGAAGCUCCAUAAGCAACGGAAAGGAGACACGACGAACGGUCAAAAGAUGAUUUUGUUCGAUCUUGAAUCAGCAUAUAGUGAUCAUUUAAAAAUGGAUGUCAGCAACUAUUUGUCAUGUCUCAUUUGAAGACAUGUAUUGCUAAACUUUGAGCUUAAUGUUUAUUUAUAUAUAUAUAUAUAUAUAUAUAUAUAUAUCCAUAUAUAUAUAUCCAUAUAUAUAUUUGUUUAACUCUAUUGAUUGUCAGGUCUUGUAAAAUCACAUGUGUUUUGAGGUAUUGGUCAGUUCCUGUUUUUUCUUGUUUUAAACUUUCCAGAAUGAACACACUAAGCUAUUGUAGUUUUUCUAGUCCAACUUCUGAUUGCUAGUCAACAUUUGAUGAUCAGUUUCAACAUGAAUAUUCAGUUAAUUAUUAAAAUGCCAGGGUUGUCAUCUAAAAUAAGUCUUAGCAUUUCC